AUGUUUGUUCUUCUUCUUCUACUUAUUUUGAUCGAUCCUGUACCUGGAAAGUCAAUAGCCAUUGCCCGAACAAAUUCUAGUAUGUCAAUUCCAACACUUCCAUUUCCCAAUUCGAUAUUUCAACACAAAAUUCGUGGCAAUGAAACCAAUCAAACUUUCGUCUUGUUCGAGGCUGAAUAUUUAAAUGAAGGUCCCGGUUAUCAUCUUCACACAAAAGACGAUGAAUUAUUUCAUGUUCUUGAUGGCAAAGUCCAAUUCAUAGUGAAUGGUAGUCAAUUUUGUGCUUCAACUGGUGAUUAUGUUUAUGUUCCGCGUAAUGUGUCACAAGGCGUUCGAGUUUAUAAUCCGUCGAACAGUACUAAACGAGUCAAAAUCCAAAUCAUGUUAUUUCCAUCCGGACUCGAGAAUUUUCUUGAUGAAAUAGCUGUCUUGUAUGAUCAAGAUAGAAGCAAUCAGACAGCAAUUGAUACCAUUUCUAAAAAAUAUGGCAUCAUUGAUUUGGGACCAGUUCAGUGGAAUGAUCUGGGCUGUUUCGAUAAUAAUUCCGUUCAACUACCGUCAAGUGUUUCAAUGCUCAUAUUUUUUCUCCUGUUGAACUAUAUUCUUGAAUAA